GAUCCUUCGUGAUUAUGCUUAUAUACCUAAUAUAAACCAAAAAUUCAAUAUGAGACAUGCGUAAUGACUUAUGCGUCAAAUGCGUGUACAAGUGUACAACGCAAACAAAUGUAAAUGUGUGUUUUUGUGUUAUAGUCACACAAAAACCCAUCACUCGGAAAAUUCCAGACCAGUCGCUUAAUGUUUAUAUUUAACGCAGUAUGUAGCGGCUAUUAGUAGGUAGGAAGUUGUCAUUUUUUUUUUUAUAUAAAUGACAAUGAUGUUGACCACACCGACCAAUGUCCCGUCAAAAAAAACACAAUGCAUAGCGCUCCUCGUACCCGUCUUCUUACCAGCAAUCCACAUACUGAUUCUGGAAAAAUUCUGGAGCGACUUCAAUGUAAACGUCAACAAGGAACACUGUACGUGUUCCUGUUGGGACACUGUGUUCAAAGGUCCUUACGAAGCAGGUGUUGCUAGAUAUAAACAUAUGUACUUCAACGCUACAGACAAUAUGUUUAAAAUCUGGGCGAUUACGGCUGUAUGCACGAUUGUGCUGUACGAAAGCGUGAAAAACAUUGUCAGGCUGUGCAUCGACAAGCAGAUACGCUACAACAUGAUGUUGUUGUUUAUUUUGUCGAUGUUCUCUCACUAUUACUCGUGGUGGUCGUUUGUCAACUAUUGGAACGACGAUUUUUAUUCGCAAUGGAAUCAUCAGAUAUUCUUCACCAUUACUGAACUAUAUUCCACUGGUAUUUUGUACACAAUAUGUGAUCGCAGAAAAGAAAUAAAUAAAUUCCAUUUGUUUUCUAUCAUUGCUGUGGGCUUAAUACAUAUGUUGGCUGCUGGCUUCGAUCAGUUUGUUAUUAAUGUAAUUGGAGGAAGUGGAUUUGCACAUCAAGUGAUAAGAGACCUCUUUUUGAUGAUACCAGAUAUAUUAAAUAUUAUUAUACCAUUAUUUGAAAUGAAAAAACGAAGAUUAACCAUCAAAAAUCGCUAUGCAGAUGAUCCAAGCAGUUUUAAAGAAAUAUUGUUACUAGUUAUUAUUGUGACCUCUGGGUUGAUAAUUGUUUCAUUACUGUAAUAGGCAUUUAUUUAUUUUAACUAAUAAAACCUAUGUAUAUAUUUAUAUUUUUAUGAAUAGCUUUAAUACAAUAAAACUUGGUAACAUUUAAAA